AUGGAAGACCGCUUUGCUCCGUCCGAACCAAUCGUCGAGUCAGAAGCUGCUCAGGACAAAGCUGAAGAAGAGAAGUAUUGGGGCCCCAUUAGACGCAUCGACCACAGCCAGAUCAUCGACCUAGCGAAAAACGCUACUAAAAACCCGACGUCAGAGUGGCGCGUGAUCAAAGAGCCUCGAGGAGCCUUCAACCAGUCGUAUAUCGUCGAAUCAGACUCUCAGCAGCGACUCAACGUCCGAGUGCCUGCUUGCGGAUUUCACCCUCGAUGGAACGAGGUCGAUGCCAAGUUGCUUCACGAUACGGCGCUGGGCAUGGAAUGGAUUCGUCAAAGAACAGGUUUGCCAAUUCCAGAGUUGGUCUCUUACGAUGCUUCGCUGAACAACGAGAUUGGUGCGCCAUAUAUCCUCAUGUCUUAUAUAAACGGCAAACCACUGAACGAGACGUGGCCGGGGAAUGGCGAUGAUCCCGCAGAAGUCCAUGAGCAGAGACUGAAAGUGCUCAGGCAACUGUCCCGGCUGGUGGUAAAGUUCAGCUCGCUACAGUUUGACAGGUUUGGAGCCCUCACUUUCCCGAUCGGCGACAAUGAGAAUCCAGGAAACCCAAAAGAUCCAAUCAUAGACGAGGCAUUGCGACUCAAAGAUAGCAACAUAUUUACAAUACAUCGAAAAUUCUUCGGUUUGCCAGUCGACCGCUCCUUGGCAGAGCUCGUCGCCACGAGGAAGGAGUACGCGGAGUCCGUAUGCGAGGAGAAAAGAAGAUACCACGAAGCAGUUGCCGCCGCGAAGAAUCUCCGCCCCAGGAGCAGCGCAUCGGUCGAGUCAAAGAACAAGUCUGAUGUAGUUGCGGGAUAUCAUUGUCUAUGGGCAAUGAUGCAGGAUGCGUUCUUGGCGGUAGCACGCCUUGGGGCCAACGAGCCAGAGUUUGCUCUGAUGCAGUCUGACUUCAAUCCUCAGAACAUCCUCGUCAAUGAAGAUCACGAGAUCGUGGGCCUUAUCGACUUCGACUGUACCGAGGCAAUACCUAGGCAGAUGGCGUGGUGCUGUGUACCCCAUUGGCUCGCUGCAGAUUGGAACGAUGAUUAUAUGUGGCCCGCAGAGGGUGGAGUUUUGCAGCAUAUGAGUCCUGAAGAGUUCGGAAUGUAUCGCGUGGAGUACUGCCGUCUCUUGAGAGAAGCCUGCGAACAUGACGAAGGCCUUUCUGACCACCGGUUCUCCUCGAAGAGUCACAUCUAUCGAUCGCUGCUAUCCUCAUAUGAGGAUUUCGACAAGAUCAAGGGCUUCGUAAGCAACGUGAUGGCGGAGAUACUACCAAGAAACGUCAAGUCUCUGGACAGCUAUGCUGAGAGGAUUGGCAAGGUGGGGUUGCAGAAGGGCGAAGAAGCGUGGCUACAGCGGCGCCUGGAGGAGUAUCUCAGGCCAGAUUCGUGCGUCGCAGCCGUCCGCACAUCGGAAGCACAGCAAGACUCUCCGCCCGCCGGAGGGCAGCGGGCGGGCGGGCGCGCGCUAGAAUAG